AUGACAAACAAGCUCAUGACCAGAUCGAAGCCUGCAUCUGUCGCAAACUUCACCACGCAUAUAACCAUGGAUGAUUUUGACGAAGACGCGUUCAACAAGUUCUUCCCAUCGAGCUUCGGCAAGCAGGCCAAGUCGAUCGAUGUUGAUACUCAGAUUGACCGCUCCAAGCGUGUCCAGGUCUCAGCGCCGAAGCCCGACGAAAAAGAACUAAGCACAUCCGCAGCUUCUGCGCCAUCCAAAGACCGCGAUGAUGAGAAAAAGGGCAGCGACGAAGACAGUGAUGACGACUCUGAUGAUUCCGACGAUGACGAGGACGAGUUCCCCGUAUCGCAUGAGCUUGUUCUCAAAAGUCAUGAGCGUGCCGUGACCACCAUGACCGUGGACCCCUCGGGCGCACGACUAAUCACAGGUUCCAGUGACUGCAAUUUGAAAUUGCAUGACUUUGCUUCCAUGACACCAUCUACACUUCGCGCCUUCAAGACAGUCGAUCCCUCAGCUAGGAACACAUCCGCGGCCCAGGAUACCCACCCCGUCAAUUUUGUCGCAUUUUGUCCACUCGCGCCGAGCUACGUUCUAGUUGUACCCGCGUCGUCCCAGCCUCGGAUCCUCAGCCGUGACGGUGAAACACUUACAGAGUUUGCGAAGGGUGAUCCAUACUUGCGUGAUCUACACCUCACCAAGGGACAUAUCUCCGAGGUCACAUGUGGUGCCUGGAGUCCCUCCGACGAGAACCUCUGUGCAACCGGUGGCUCUGAUGGCACAAUUAGAAUCUGGGAUGCUAAUGUCGGCCGCAAACAGAAUGAGGUGAUUGUACACAAAUCGCGAGCGGCUGGGUCCGCUGGUCGGACCAAAAUCACCGCUGUUGCAUGGAGCUCGCCCAAACAAGGUGGCCCUGAUAUCCUGGUUGGCGCUGGUCUUGAUGGCAGUCUAGCGAUGUGGAGUGGGAACGGACCCUACACCAGGCCCAGCGGAGAAAUCCGCGAUGCUCAUGUCAAGGAUACCUGGACCAGCGGACUCGAUAUCAGUUCCGAUGGAAGGCUCGUUGUCAGCAGAGGCGGUGACGAUACAAUUAAGCUAUGGGAUACUAGGAAGUUCAAGACUCCCAUAACGACUGUUACGCAUCCUUCGACCUCGGCACGCUUCCCAACAUCCAACAUCAAAUUCUCUCCCUCAUCAGCCAAUGUGAUCACAGGCUCUGAAACUGGUCACUUACACAUCCUCAAUCCCGCAACACUGAGACCAGAGCUGGUCACUCCAGUGACACCGGGAUCCCCUCUCAUCACUGUUCAAUGGCAUGAGAAACUCAACCAAAUUCUGACUGGUUCCGCCAACGGCGAGACCCAUGUCCUUUACAACCCUACCAUGUCCACGAAGGGCGCAGCGACAGUCAUGUCCAAGGCACCCAAGGCUCGCCACCUUGAUGAGAUUAGCCUUACCACAGACACAGCCGAGGCCAUGUCUGGUGAUUCAAUCGUUGUCGGCUCCAACGGAGUCCCACACUACAGUUCCUCAACUUGGUCUGCCCGUCACCCCGAAGUUGGCCUUACAGCAUCGGGUCGCUCUCGGGAUCCUCGACGCCCGCAUCAGCCAGCGGCGACCCCAUUCGGCAAGACUAACCCAGAUGACAAGCACAUUCGCGAGAGUCUUCCUCUCAGUGCUGCGCUGCAUGAGGAUCCACGUGAAGCGCUGUUGAAAUAUGCCGAACAGGCAGAAAAGAACCCCUUAUAUACCCAAGCAUACAGAGAGACACAGCCGAAAGCCAUUUAUGCAGAGCUGAGUGACGAGGAAGAGAAAGGACCUGAAAAGAAGAGAGCUAGGCGGUGA